UAAUUGAAACCAACCCUAAGCUCCUUUUAUCUCCGCUCUAAAGGUAGUCCCGAUUAUUGUUGACUUAAGCAUUGGAGUGUCUACCCCGAGAACCCACCUCGGAGCUUUGCAGGUCAAUCCGGAGUGCAGAUACGAACUAAAGAAGGACUUCUGGUUUGGUGCAAUUACAAGAGGGUUAAGAAGCUGAGUGCUGAUCACACAAUUUUGCCUCUAAAUGGAUGGCUAGUAGUGUUCUUUCAAGGAUUCACGUGGUUUCUGAUGAGCUUAUUCAUAAGCCUUAAUGCGGUAAAUCUUCCUCCUAUAAGAUCAGUGAAAAUCUGUUCAACUCUUGCCUUCUUGUAUGCGGGAUUUCUCUGCAUUUCAUCUCUUCAAGAGGCCAUUACAGAUAGAACCAUCUCAGUUAAGAUCAUUUUGGAUAUUUUAUCUUUUCCUGGGUCAAUUUUACUGCUUUUCUGUGCCUUUAAACAACAUGAUUCGGUGGAUACUUAUCCAGUAAAUGCUGAUGCUUGCUAUACGCCCUUGCAAGGAGAGGACCCUGAUGCAACUGGUCAAAUCACUUCUUGUCCUGUUACGCCCUUUGCAAAAGCUGGAUUUUUCAGUAAGAUGUCGUUCUGGUGGUUGAAUCCAUUAAUGAAGAAGGGCAGAGAGAAAAUUCUGGAGGAACAAGAUAUACCAAAGUUGCGAGAGGCAGAUCGAGCACAGACAUGCUACUUAAUGUAUAUGGAACAACUGAGCAAACAUAAACAAAAAGAAAGAACUGAUCCUCCACCAAUGUUUUCUAUACUUCUUUCUAUGUAUUGGGAAGCCAUUUUUGUUACUGGGUUCUUUGCGCUGGUCAAGGUUCUCUCACUCUCCACAGGACCUCUGUUUCUUAGAGCCUUUAUUCGGGUUGCUGAAGGCAAAGAAGCAUUUAAGCACGAAAGUUAUUUGCUGACUGUUGGCCUUUUCGUCGCAAAAUGCUUGGAGUCACUCUCUGAGAGGCAAUGGUUCUUUAGAACAAGACUGGUUGGACUUCAAGUAAGGUCUUUACUCUCUGCGGCAAUACAUCAGAAGCAACUUCGGCUAUCAAAUAGUGCCAGAAUGACUCAUUCUCCGGGUGAGAUUGUCAACUAUGUCAGUCUAGAUGCAUACAGAAUAGGUGAGUUUCCGUAUUGGUUUCAUCAAAUAUGGUCAACAAGCCUUCAGUUAUGCCUUGCGUUGUUCACUGUGUACUAUUCCGUGGGAUGGGCAAGUGUUGCGGCUUUAAUUGCUAUUGUUUUGACUGUUGCUGCGUGUUCUCCACUGGUCAAAUUACAACAUGAGUAUCAGAAAAAGCUAAUGGUGGCACAAGGUAAAAGGCUGAAGGCUAUCACAGAGGCGCUUGCAAAUAUGAAGGUCUUGAAGCUGUAUGCAUGGGAAACACAUUUCAAGAAUGUUAUAGAAGGACUGAGGAAAGAAGAAUUCAAGUGGAUAUCAGGUGUUAUGGCACAAAAAGGGUGGAAUCUGGUUCUGUUUUGGUCAUCUCCAACUAUAGUACCGGUUGUUACCUUCUGGACAUGCUAUUUCCUCGGUAUUCCACUUGAUGCUGCAAAUGCCUUCACAUUUCUAUCUUGUCUCCGCAUUGUUCAGGAGCCAAUUAGGUUGAUUCCAGAUGUUCUUGGAGUGUUCAUUGAAGCAAAGGUUUCCCUGGAUCGGAUUGUGAGGUUUCUUCAGGAACCAGAAUUGACAAACAGAAAUCUACAGCCGAAGUGCAAUGACAUAGUGUGUGAACACCCUGUUUUUAUCAGGUGCACUGAAAUUUCUUGGGACACUAAUCCUUCCUCCAGAGCCACUUUAAGGAACAUAAACUUGACAAUUAAACCUGGGGAAAAGGUUGCUAUUUGUGGAGAAGUUGGCUCAGGCAAAUCAACUGUUUUAGCAGCUGUUCUUGGAGAAGUUCCAAAUAUCAAGGGCAUUGUUGAUCAUCAUGGAAAAAUAGCAUAUGUUUCUCAGACAGCAUGGAUCCAGACAGGGAGUAUACAAGAAAAUAUUCUGUUUGGCUUAGUGAUGGAUCCGAUUAGAUAUGCAGCAGUGCUCCAGAAGUGUUGCCUAGUAAAAGAUCUGGAGAUGCUUCCAUACGGGGACCUUACCGAAAUAGGUGAAAGAGGUGUUAAUCUUAGUGGUGGACAAAAGCAGCGGGUUCAGCUAGCACGGGCAUUGUAUCAGGAUGCAGAUAUCUAUCUCUUGGAUGACCCCUUCAGUGCAGUAGAUGCACAUACUGCAACAAGACUUUUCAAUGACUAUAUCAUGGGAGCUCUGUCAGGGAAGACAGUAUUACUCGUCACACACCAAGUUGAUUUUCUUCCAGCUUUUUCUUCUAUCUUGUUGAUGUCUGGUGGAGAAAUUAUAAGAGAUAAUACUUACAAUGAGCUUCUGUCUUCAAGUCAAGAAUUCCAGGACCUUGUAAAUGCGCAUAACAACACAACUGAGACUGAGAUGCAAGUCAGGACUUCUUGUAGCAGACUGCCUAUUCAAUCCACAGGAGAAAUCCAGAGUGAAUAUGUCAAGGAAAAAUCAGGAGUGCCUUCGGGAGAGCAAUUGAUCAAGCAAGAAGAAAGGGAAAUAGGAGAUACUGGUCUCAAGCCUUACUUACAGUACUUGAGUCACAAUAAGGGCUUUCUAUAUUUUUCCUUGGCAAGUAUAUUUCACAUGAUGUUCUUAAUUGGGCAAUUCAUACAGAACUUCUGGUUGGCUGCUGAUAUCCAGAAUUCUACUGUCAAUAGAGUAAAACUGAUCACAGUUUACACGCUGAUUGGAUGUGGCUUGGCAAUAUUCUUAUUCCUGAGAUCAUUAUAUUUGGUUGUCCUGAGUUGUAGAGCAUCAGAGUCCAUUUUCUCCACACUGCUGAAAUCUCUUUUCAGAGCCUCAAUGUCCUUUUAUGACUCAACACCUCUAGGGAGGAUACUCAGCCGGGUGUCUUCUGAUCUGAGCAUCAUCGACCUUGAAAUAGCUAUCAAGUCAGUAGUUGCAGUUGGAUCAACCAUGAAUGCCUACUUAACGCUUGCAGUGCUGGGAAUUCUUGCCUGGCCAGUUGUGUUUGUUAUCAUUCCCACAGUUUACCUAAGCAUACUCCUUCAGAAACACUAUUUUGCUUCUUCAAAGGAGUUGGUGCGAAUCAAUGGAACCACAAAAGCUUCGGCCAGGCACAAAAAGAAUCACAUUGCUGGACUUCUGGAUGACAGGGGCUCUCUUGUAACAGAUAAAACAGGGAUAGAAGGACUCUGCAUUAAGUCUUUCAGAGAUUUAUUCACUUCCAAAUACACUGGUCCAAAUUCCAGCAUCCUAAGCGCAUUACAAGGGAGAGUAUCGCCUAUGAUGGUAAAUAACCUUGAUAGAGACUUUACUAGUUAUGAAGUUCUUGUUGCCUUGAAACAAAUCCAUUCUUCAAAGGCCCCAGGACCUGAUGGGAUGAAUGCCAAUUUUUAUAAAAAUUACUGGCAUAUUAUAGGAGGGGAUAUCAUAUCGGCUGCGCUGGACUUCCUUAAUAAUGGGAUUAUGGUGAGAGAUGUGAACCUUACUCAUAUUGUUUUGAUCCCGAAAGUUAAAAGUCCCUCUUCUAUGAAGGAUUUUCGGCCCAUAAGUCUUUGCAAUGUGCUGUACAAAAUUAUAUCCAAAGUCUUAACCAAUAGGCUUAAAUCGAUCCUACCGCAUAUUAUAUCAAAUAAUCAGAGUGCUUUUGUUCCUGGGAGAUUAAUCUAUGACAACAUCAUGGUAGCCUUUGAAGCCAUCCAUCAUCUGAAAAAUAAAAAGGUUGGCCGGAGAGGGCAUAUGGCUGUUAAACUUGACCUUAGCAAGGCUUUCGAUAGAGUAGAAUGGAAUUUCUUAGAGGACACUAUGCGAGCAAUGGGUUUUCCUGAGUGGUGGAUUAACCAUGUCAUGACAUGUGUUCGCACUGUGGAAUACUCCGUCUUGAUCAAUGGGUGUCCAACAAAGAAAUUCACUCCAAGUAGGGGUAUAAGGCAAGGAGAUCCCCUUUCCCCGUUCCUUUUUCUCUUAUGUGCUGAAGGAUUAUCAGCUCUUUUAUCAAGGGCUAUCAGUAGAGGGGAUUUAAAGGGAUUGACUUUGUGCCAAGGAUGCCCUUGCCAAUUAGUUGCUAUAUAUAAUAUUAUGGUUUAAGAAAAUAAAAAGAGUCAAUUAGA